CGUCAUCCAAUACUGGAGGGGUAUAAAAAUGUAACACACAGUACGAAGUGAAUUCACCUCAUUCUAUUUACCGUCAUUCGGUCAACUGAAAGAGGGUGUACAGAAAAUGAAAAAUUUGUUCUUCCUACUGUUGAUAACAAGUCUUCUGUGUUGGUCAUCUGGUAAUCCAAUCCACACGGAAGUCUCAGUAACAGAACCAAAUGAAAAUGAACAAGUUCAGUCCUUCAACGAGGAGUUGAAUUCCCCUGUACCAGAGGUGAUCAAUCAACAGUCAAGCACCACAAAUGAAGAAGAAGAAAAACACCAUUCCACACUUUCGGAUUUGACGACUGCAACAACAUCAGAAGUCAGUGAACAUACACAACAGACUAUCGAAGAGGAGGAAGAAGCGAAAAAAGAGUCCACACUUUCGGAUUUGACGACUGCAACACCACUAGAGGUCAACGAAUAUACACAGCAGUCUAUCGAGACAACUGAAGAACCUUCUAGUGUUCAAGAAGCAUCAAAUGCCAACGUGCCUGAAGAUCCCAAUUCACCAACGCUUGGAGGGGAAGAAACAAAAGAAGCAAAGGAAGAAGAAGAUUCUACACAUCAGGAAUUGGCGACUGCAACACCACCAAAGGUCAACGAAUAUCCACCGCAGCAUAUCGAGGUAACUGAAGUCUCCUCCGAUGUUCAAGAAGCAUCAGAUGCCAACUUAUCUGAAGAUUCCAAUUCAUCAACGCUUGGAGGGGAAGAAACAAAAGAAGCAAAGGAAGAAGAAGAUUCUACACAUCAGGAAUUGGCGUCUGCAACACCACCAGAGGUGAACGAGUAUCCACCGCAGCACAUCGAACACGAUGCUAUUUCUAAAGUUCAACUCACUGAUGAUGACGAUAAGGCUCUCAUGAAUGACGCUACUGUACCACCACACCAAAAAAUGAGCAGUCAGAAUCAUGAUGAACCUAAUUACUUGCCUGUAAUAAAUGAUGCUGAAGAGACUGACUACGUGACUCUAGGCGACAUGGUUCUCACUCUAGAAGACAAAUUAAAACUUAAGAUACCAUCUGUGAAAACAUACAGUAGUAUGAAUGCGAUUUUGGGUGCUGAUGGAAGUAUUUACAUCCCUGGAAGUUACUCACGUACAGUUAAAGAACAUGUUGCCAAUUUGAUGGGCCUCGCCUAUCUCGUGAUGAUGAACAACGGCGAUUUUUCCGGUCAAAUGUCUCGUGGAAUACCAAGAAAUGUUUUUUACAACGUAGAAUAUCUUCAACAUAUUUAUGAUUUGGGUGAAGGCACUUAUAUACCUGAAUUAAUUGGUCGAUAUAAAGACCCUUAUAUCUUCAAACUAAACCCAAGUAGUAUUGGUCAAUACGACAAAGUGUUGUCUAGGGGUGACUGGACACAAGAAGAAGAGAAUGAUAUGUUUCAGUUUGCCUAUCUAUGCUAUGGAGUUAGAUUUGAUGAAACACAAUAUUAUAAAAAUGCCCACCCUGGUUUCUGGAAACAGGCUGUAACAUUCUGUCCGGUGAUUAAAUCUAUUCUACAGCUAUCUGUCAAUGAAACUGAACAAAAAUUUCAUCCAGAAAGACUACGAUCACUGUAUGCAAGUUCUAGGCAAAAAUAUCCAAGUUUGACAGAGAUCCUCACUUUGAUACCUGGACACGGUAUCUUUGAAUACCGAACACAUCCGGAAUUUUCGGCACCUCAGUUUACAACCCAUGUACCUCCAUCUAUCCAUGUUGAUACUCAGACAGUUAGCCAGAACAUGUUAAAUAGCCUUGAGGAUAGCAGUCAGAUAAAAACAGAAGAAACUUCACUUUCCAGUGACAGUAGUGUCACACAAUCAACCGACAUCAAUGAGGAAAGUGUGGUGCAAAGGGCAGAACUUACAGACAGUGAUUAUUCACAUUCAUCAACUGAGCCUGAAGGAAAGGAUAUGUCUAAAACAGAUGAAUUCUCUGACGAAACUUCUAUUUCUAUUCAAGAAGAUCAUAGUCCAUCUGUUAAGAAUGAAGCAGCUGAAUUCGCCGCUGAUAUUGUCGAGUCGCCAGCCAUGCAUGCAGAAGAAACAACAUUUGGGACGAGCAGUGCUAAUGAAGAGGUAGGUGAUGCGGAGAAUACUGUCGAGGUGAAAGGCUACGAAGCAGCAAGUGAACCUGAAGAUAACGAAAGGACCACCUCUCAACACUAUUCAGCUGAAUAAGAUAUUGAGAUUUACGUCAACAGUUCUCACUAAUUACUGACUUACAUUUACUUGAUUUAUGGUACUCACAU